GGAUGACAGAAUAUUUGAAGCAUACAUAGGAGACGUGGUUACAAUAACAACCCAAAUAUCAUUUCCUGCCUGCUUCAGUUCUUUUGUGCUUUUCUUGAACACUUGAUGCCUGAAGGUUAUCCAUAGAUUCAAAACAUUCGCAGAGUCGAAUCCUGCAAAACCCGAAGAAACCCGCAUAGUGAAAUGGUGUCGAUCGUAGAAGUUGAUAGUGUUCUCCGUCGCAGUAAGGUUCCAGUCUCAAAGGAAGAAGCUGAUAUUCUAAAUUCAUGGAGGACAAAUUGUCGAAGGGCAACGAUUACGGGCACUAGUCUUGGUCUUAUUGUUACUUGGUCAGUAACAGGAAGGCUAAGUAAUUUUGCCCGUGCUAACCUUGCAGCAGUUGCUGGUCUCUGUGCUGGCGUAUUGACAUGUAAGAGCGCAUUGCAAUCAAGUGUUGAACAGUGUCUCUCUCUGAAUGGAACUCGGUUGCAAAGAGAAUUAGCUGAAAUAAUAGUGAAAAAGUACCCAUAUGAACAUGCAAUGAAGUGUCUCUCCAAACAUUUCUUCUGUGAGAAUGUUUAUGAUGAUUCAUCAUCAGACAAACCGACACAAAGGUUGCGCUUAAGGAAUUUCUCGGGUGAGAAGCUUGAUAGUUUCCAACGGACAGAAGAUGACUCCUACAAGGAUGCAUCAACUAAUUUUGGGAGGAUCAACAUGAAAAAAGCCAACCACAGAGAAGAUUCACAUGCUUCCAGAAGAAAUGAUCUUGAACAAAAGGUGAGGGCCGGUGAUGAUGCUGUGUCAGAUCCAUUUGACUGUGUAUUUGGUCUGGCUUCUGAAAAUGUGAAUGAGAUUCCUCAUCAAUCCUCCCCAGACUCAUCCCACACAUUGCCUCGAAAACAUGGUAGAAGACACAGGCGAUCUCGACGCAAGCAUCCAGUACAUCAUAAGGAGACAUCUGAUGCUACCUACUAGCUAGCUAGCACUUAGACUAUGUUUGGCUAUCAGCGUUCGAGCCAAAAUGCCAAAAGACAUUGAAAACAAAACGCUUCAAAAUGCAGCAUUUGGAGAUCACAUUUCUGCUCAUCUGCCGAAAAACAAACGCACUGUUAGUUAAGCCACAAGUCCGGGUGUUUCAAGAAAUGCAUGCCACGUGACCCUGUUUUGCUGCCUUUUUUCUCCUUUUCGGUAACCAGCUGGUGCUGUGUGGCCCAGGUGUAUUGCUUAUUGGGCAUGAUUAUGAUUUGGCAGUGAAACUUUCUCUUUUAUUCUGGUAGACUGUUGUGUAUGAAAUGAUGUUUACCUAUGGACUUGCCGAGCAUACGCAAUGCCACAGUGGUAAAUCUGGUGAUUGAAUGGUAUUGUGAGCAAAUAUGAGGCUAUGAAUUUUAUUAUCAUCAUUUCAUUAAAAAAAACUAUUGUUAUAGUUCUGAUGUUGUAUACUACGGGAAAAUGUACAUGAGAUUUGAUUUGAUACCCG